UGCAUUUAAGCUGAAUAUCAUAUUACAUAACAGUUUUAUAUUUGAGAGUCUAUUCAACUAGCGUUAAACUGCUUAUAACUUGUUUACUUCUAGGAUGUGAAUAGGUUUUUAAAAUGGAGAAGUUUACGUUUCUGCUAUUUUUCCUCAUAACUGCGACAGGGGCAUCGAGACACCCUAUUUGCCAUAACUGCACGUCAUCCACUGAUCCAGGCUGUACGGACCCGUUUAUAAGGGACGACAUGGUCCACACAAUUCAAAGUUGCGAAACGGACUGGUGCGCGAAGUUCAUGAGGAAUAAUGGAGAGGUGGUGCGAUUCUGCGUAACUCGUAGUCAGAUCCAGUUUAUGGCACUGAAAAAAUUGUUCGUAACGGAGGAAUGCAUGGAUGGAAAUGGCGUUUACGAGGGCGAUAUAUGCUUCUGUGAUUCGAGCUUCUGUAAUGGAGGGCCACACGCUGGCGUUUUCUUCAAUCUUAAACUGACAGUUGGUCUGUUUAUGGUUACGUUGCUGUUUACCUUCACCAGUUAGCUCAAAACAGAUCAUGUCAACUUCAAUAAUAACCUUAACUUUUGUAUUCUGCUAAUAACUCCCAUAACAUAUAUGUGUCGUUGCACAAAUUGUACUUAUUCAAAAUAUGAAACUUCAGCUCUUAUUGCUUACAUGCUCAUGCCCGGAAACAUUACGGACAAACGGAUAUUACGAUUUAGAUAAUAUAUGGACGGAUAUUACAAGUUAGAUAACAUACAAACGGGUAUUACAAUUUAGAUAACAUACGAACGGAUAUUUCAACUUAGAUAGCAUAUGGACGGAUAUUUCAACUUAGAUAACGCUUGCUGAAAACUAGGUUAUUCUGAUUGAGAUACUAGUACUUAGAAUGGAACACGAUAACCCUCAACUCACGAACAAAAUCUCUACUAGUAAUAACUCAAUGUAACUUACAUAGUUUUGUUUUUUCCCAUGGAAAACCAUUCAAAAAUCAACUGAUUAAAAAGAACUUACCUUUUGUAAUUGUAUACACUUCGUGAAUAAUUGUAACUAUGGCUGAUAUUCGACAUACUGCGACAUUAUCCUGGUAAUUCUUUUAUCAUUAUAUUGGACAAUCUAACUUUAUAACUUUUAUUGAUAUACAUGUAUUUGGCUUUCAAAAGGUUUUGUCUUGACGACAUGUUAUAGGAUAUACAGAUCCAUAAUUUUAAUGUUAUGUAUUUCGUUUAAAAUCAGAUUUUUUCCUAAAUUUUACUUUGUUCAACCUCAUUGCAAGUCAUUACUUUGAAUCACUCAAAAAGCGACAUACUCAAUAUCAAUUUAAUAUACGAGUUUCAACCAAUGUUACAAUCACCCAUAGAGCAACAUACUCAAUAAUACUCUAUUCUACGAGUAUCAGCCAUAGUUACAAUAAUUCACAAAGUGACAGGACUACUCAAUAUCACCCCAAUCUAUGAGUAUCAUUCAUAGUUACAAUCACAAACAUAGCGACAUGCCCAACAUCACUUUAAUCUAUCAUACCCUCACGCACGAACGCGCAAAUGUACAUGUAAUAUCCUAUGUAGUGCUUAUGAAUUUCAUGUUUUCAUUUUAUGUUUUGUACUUGUUUGUUGGACCGGAGCCGAUGUAGUCUAAUUUUAAAUAAACUUCUGUGUUCUGUU